AUGAAUUCAGGAUUUGGAGGUGGCUUUGGUCAAGCGACCAAAAGUGCUGCUGGCGGGUUCGGUCAGCAGACUUUUGGUCUUGGCCAAACAGCACAGGGAGCAGGUUUUGGGCAGGGCGCGCCUGGCGGAUUUGGUCAACAGGCAGGCGGGUUUGGCCAGCCAGCAACCCAAGGAGCACCUGGCGGAUUUGGUCAGACAGCAGGUCGUGGGGUUGGAUUUGGCCAACCAGCCGCAACUGGCGGUUUUGGUCAGGCAGCGACUCAGGGAACUGCUGGCGGUUUUGGCCAAGCAGCUGCAGGAACGGCAACUGGUGGAUUUGGUCAACAGGCAGGCGGAUUUGGUCAGACAGCAGGUCGUGGGGUUGGAUUUGGCCAACCAGCCGCAACUGGCGGUUUUGGUCAGGCAGCAACUCAGGGAACUGCUGGCUUUGGUCAAGCAGCUGCAGCUGGUGGAUUUGGUCAACAGGCAGGCGGAUUUGGUCAGCAGACAGGCGGGUUUGGCCAACAGACAGGCGGAUUUGGCCAACCAGCCACAACUGGCGGUUUUGGUCAGGCAGCUGCAGCUGGUGGAUUUGGUCAACAGGCAGGCGGGUUUGGUCAGGCAGCAACUCAGGGAGCUGCAACUGGCUUUGGCCAGACUGCUGGGACGGGAUUCGGUCAACCCAGUGCCGCCGGUGGCUUUGGUCAAGCGGGUGCCACUGGCAUGUUUGGACAACAAACAAGCGGCUUUGGUCAAGGUGCAGGUCGAGGCACUGUUGGUGGAUUUGGCCAACAAGCUGCAGGAGCAACAGGAGGGUUCGGCCAACAG